AUGCGCGCUGGAGGUGGUUACUACCCCGAGGGAAUGGAGCCUGACGAUGCUUUUGCAGUCGGUCGACACCCAAACGAUGAAAGCAAGCGUCUUCUAUCUGUAUCAGUCAUUUUUCCCACUUUACAAGCCGCUGAAGCCUUCAUUGUGAGAGUCGAUAAUUACAUCAGCAAGACACAUGGCAUUUCCUAUCGAACAAGCUUCACUACAACGCAAGUGAAACCCAACGACAAACAUCGGCUUGUCCUUGAAAGUGAUUAUGUCCCGAAUGAAUCCGGCGGGAAGGCACCACACAAUUCGCCGGUUUGGAAUGUGGAAGUGUCGUCUAUGGACAUCUCUGUAUUACCACCAACAACCGUUUUCUCCAAAAGUGAUACCGCCUACAAGUAUCAACGAAUCGAAACAGAGGCAGCUUUUGCACGAAGUAGUCCCGAAGGUGCACACAUUUUUCCCAAGGCAAAAUGUAAGGGAAAAUACAAAUAA